AUGCCGAGUCUGACGUGGCCGUCAACCUUUGAUGGAACCAUCUCCGCCACUUUACGGUCGGAGUCCACGGACUGCUCCGAGGACAUGAUGAGGCUGACACCUACGCCAUCGACGACUUUGAGCCUACCUACGUCAAACUCUGAACGAAUUACCAGCACAGUUGUCUCUGUUCAGUCUUUGGCAUCGAGCGAGCCUUGCUCCAACUCGUCAUCUAGCUACACGAGCACAUUCUUCACCUCAACUACGAGCUCGAGCACGAGCUCAUGCACCGAUGAGACGUCCACGAGCUCUUCUACACAGAAUUACUCGACUACCACCAGCUCUGUGUCCACAGAUUGUGAAUCCUCAAAAACUUCUAGCACGCAGCGCACGCAGAGCACCCACGACUCAGCUUCUGUACGACAGGCAACCACCAACACGACUUCGACAACCGAGAGCUCUCGGACCAGCAUUUUUACUUCGCAAACCGUGGUCCUCAACACUGGCCCGGCCGAGUAUAUGACAUCGUUGCCCACCCCUCCCGCGUACCUCCCUCCCUUGAAUGAGUACUCGUUCCUCAGCACGCCACCACUGUAUGGCUCAAGCAUUUCUAGUCUUGUCCACGACACUGUAUUCAACACUGGCGCUCGCACCAUUGACACAGCUUCUACAACGUCCACGCGCGAAACUACCCAAGCAUUUGUCUACGGACAAACCACGGCCACCUCUGGCGCGUCACGGCAGCAAUCCCCACAGGUGUUUGCUGCCUCUGCUACUGUUCCUGAAAUGAGUGACGAAGGUAUUGCCGGAGACCCUCAGAGCACCGGGUACGCCGGUGCGGCUCUGAAGUCUCGGAAAAAGCAAACUGGGGCUGUGUCCUCUCCAGCUACGGCAUCUCUAAUCAAGGGCCAAGUCAUCCAAGUUACCAUCGUCUCGCUCGGCGCCAACGGCAUGAUAGAGACGUCGGUCAUGGCUGUUCAACAAGAUGCGCCACUUCCCACCGGACUGGCGCUCAUUGCAGACCCUCCGGAAGAGACAGGGCCCGCGAGCCACCCGUCGUUGAGGCGGCCUGCAGAGGCAACCGCUCCGAGUCCGCACGGCUUGAGCUCAGAGAGCUUCCAAAAUGAGCCCUCAACUCUGAAGCGUGUGGAGGGAGAGACGCACACGUUUCAGGUGACGGGCGAGACGGCUGCCAUGAUGGAGGCAACCCCAAUGGUGGUGACGGGAAGCUCCACGGCCAAGGAGCCGUUGCGAACAGCGACUCGCUUUGCCGUCGGCCUAGCAGUCUUGUUUCUGGGCGGAGCAAUUGCAGUCUGAACGAGCAAUGGCUAUUUGCAGUUUGUCACACUGCCGUUUCUUUUGUAUGUAAUAUUUGUCAGGAAUCAUGGGGGAAUGUGCAUGCCAUUGUUAACAGGGUGGGUUUUCUUCGCGGGUAGAGGC